AAUGGGCAUUGCGUGCCCUUUGUUUAUUUAUCGUGCAAUGAAAACGACACAGUCACAGGUUUCAAACAGUCAAACAAGUCUAGGCUAUCAUUAUCGUUACUUAAGGUUAAAGUCUUUCCUAGUUAAUACAAACAAAUUUCCUCCAUAGAAUUUUACGGUGGAUCUAUUACAUUAAAAAAAUGUCCAAAUUAAUGUCUAAUGGAAUUGGGAAGAAAUUUCAAAAAACAAUUUAAUACAUACUCAAAAUAAAAAAAAGUCACAUUUUCGUAACCCUUCCCCACUCCUGUUGCACUUGUACAAUUUAAGACCUCCCCAUUUAUACAUAAAAAGGAGAAGUGUCACCUAACUCCCCAGCCUCAUAGCUCCAAAACAAAACCCAUUUCAAAUAAUUUAUAGACAAUUCUUACAUCAUGUCAUUCAUGUCACAGCAAUUAAACAAAGGCACCACAAAGUAACCUGUCUAAAUGUUAUGUCACAGAUAUGUUAUGUUAUGUUAUAUACUCUGCUGUUUGGCAUAGUUGGCUUAUCAAACUGGAAUACAUUCUUUGGUUCAGGCGAACAGAAUAAUUACAUCACAAAUUACAGCACAUGCACAAAUCUAUACAAAAGCAUAGUCAUAGGUUGGACUUAAAGUUGUCAUUAGGCUAUAUUUAUUUGUUACUUUUUAAGGUAUCCAGCAAAUUCACUUGUGAAAAAACAAAGCAACAGUAUGAUAAGAUAAUAUUAACUAUAGGCCUACUAUGUGUGACAUUUUUUAACUUUUGAAUAUAACUAGAAAUCAUGGAUUUCACAGAUUUUAGUGGCAGUUUGCUUUAAAAGAGAGAGAUAUAAAUAGACUAUUUUUGGGAAAAUUUUUUCAGAAAUCGUACAUAAAUGUACAUACACAAUCUGCUGAGACCCCCACCAUAUGCAAAAUCUUAGAAAUAAACAAAUAUCCCUAACCCCUUGAGUUUGUAUGUAAUGUAUGGAUAGUCCCUCUCCAGUACUUGUCUUAUUAUAACUUUUACUCAGGCAAUUGUUCUUACUUUUUAGGCCCAUCCAUGAUAAAAAAAAUCUAUUGUGAAGAAGGUUCUUUCAUGUAAUGCAUGGUUCGACGACCUUUCCGAUAUUGAAAUGCUGUCUAAGAUGGAGCUUUACAGGCCCACGCCCACUUCUACUACAAUUCAGAAGAAAGCAAUUUCUUGGUUCCAUUGCUUUUUCCACUACACCCAGUAAAUUAUCAUCGAGGAAGCAGGUCUUUAAAUAUGGUAUGCAUGCAUUUUAGAUUCUAUUAAGAUAUCUAAUAAAUUAUUUAUUUAUUUAGUAAACUAAUUAUUUCUAAUUUAGUUGGUAAAAAAUAUAUUAAGUUAGCAACAUUUUAAAUUAUUCCUUUUAAAGCAAAGUAGUUAAUAAUUUAAAGAAUGUUCCAAUUUUGAAACUAUAGGGGCAGAGUUUUGUUAACAAGAUGCAUUGUUUGGCCUAAGUCUAUGCAAAAAUUCAGUAGAAUUAAUGAACUUUGAAAGCUUUCACAUUAUAAAGCUUAUUAAUAAACUACUCACAGUCUUAUUGACAUGAUCAAAAUAAAAGAGGGAUCUUAAUGUUUAAGUCAAUAAAUUUUUUUUAAAUGUAUUCUUCAAUGCCAAUUUUGUAAGCUGUGUUAAUAGUGCCCAGUCAUUUAAGUUUAUUAUUCCAGCCCAUUAAAGGAGUCCUUAGUUGGAUAAUGAUUGUUCGGGUCUCAUGCUUAACUGUUAUAUACGAACUUGACGUGGGUUAAAAGUGACUGUUUGCAGCUCCUGUUUUUAAUUAUGAAUAGUUUUCUGCUCUAAAAGUGUUGAUGUCUCAUGUUUUUUCUAAAUAUUUACUAUUAGUUCAGUCUCCCUAGAAAAAGAGAAAGUUUCCAGUUUUGAAAUGUAUCCUAUUUUUGAACCCAUUCAACUUUAAUAUUACGUAAAGUUUAUUUUCAAUACACACACGGCUAUUAAAACACUUGUAUAUGCUAUAAAAUUUAGCGUAAGAGAAUAAACAUUUUUUUUAUAAUAAUAAUUAAAUAAAAAUUUUCAAUAAUUGCUUUAAAAAUUCAGUAACAUCAUUAAUGAUAUAUUUCUUAGAAAAAAAAAUUAGGAACUUUUUUAAUUUUUACUAUUUCUAUGACUGGUGACGCACUGAAUCAUACAUGUAUUAUUUACAUACAUCUCUAGGAUUUAUUACUUUGACGGCUAUAGGAAGUGGGUGAGUAUUUUAAAGAAAAUUAACACUGAGUUUUUCUUUGAUUUUAAAAAAGAAAUGGGAUCGAACAGAUGGAGCGAAAUUGUAAUUCCUUUUAAAAUCAUUUUAUAAAAUAAAUUUAAGUUUAUUGUUGCUAAGUUAAUAGUUCCAUGCUCCAUUGUCUUGUUACAUAAAAAAAUAAAAGGGAGGGAAGAGGGGUAUGGCAACAGGAAUUUUAUUAUUGAAAUGACCUUUCUUAACAUUUAAAGUGUGAUCUUAUUAUUGGAAAUCAGCUGCAAGAUCAAUCUUUCAUUUUACACCAGUACAUUCAUGCUUCAUGGUACUUUAAGUACAACUUUUAUGAUAAUGUAUAAAAAAAUGAACACGCAAAGAAUUGUUUAAGGACAUGAAGUCACUUUAUUUCCUGUUUAAAGGAUAAUUGCAAAUACUUUAAAACGAUUCUCAGUUUUCAUAUUUUAAAUUUCUUCAAUUUUUAAAGCAUAGCUCUUGUAUUGAACAAUGGAAAAACAACAGUGCUCCAGAGGAAGGGUUCUAUUGAAAUAAAGAGGGACUUACAAGACUCUGUGCCAUUUAAAAAAGAGGAAGACUUCAUGUUUGUUGGACAGGAUGAUUGGCAACUGUAUUCUAUGGAGACACCUGACAAUGGUGACUUAUAUGUUUCACUUUUCUUUUAAAAUACUUUUUUGAUAACACAUUAACUUAUUAAUUUAUGUACUGUAGUUAUCAAAAGCACAAACUGUCUUAAGGCACCCAAAGGCUUCUCUUCUAAGGUUCAACAAACAUUGUGGAGAGGAUAAACAGCAAGCAUUAGAAAUGACAAAUUUUAAUGGCAACAAUCUGAUAAAAUGUAAUAUUGAAAGUAUUUCAUAAGGUGUUUGUUUCCCACAUUAGAGCAAAUUUUUUAUAACCAAAAGUAUUGCAUUGUUAUAAAUUCAUGUCUGGUUGUAAAUAAACAUAAAUAUUUUUAAUUAUUGAUAAAUCCUUUACUGUAACUUAAAAAAGAAACGCUAUUAUUUUAAUUCAUUCCAUAGAACGCUUUAAUACCUUAUUUAAUCCCACAGUUUAGUAUCAAACUUUGUGUUUAUGCACCCAUCGCUAGUAAAUAUGGCACAGACCAAUUGCUGCUAGUUUGUACUUAUUAAUUUAAUUUAUCAUUUGCUUUAUGGGAUUUUUAGAUUCAAAAUGAAAAAUAUUUUAAAAUCUCUUAAUUCCAUGUGUAAAUAUGUAGAAUUUGCUUUCAGAAAUAAGUAGCAGAAUACAAGUGUUUGUUUUUGAGCUUUUCAAUGUUAAAAAAUUCUGGGGUGAGUUUCUGUUUGUUUUAAUUGAAAAAUAUUAGAGUGCUAACUAUUUUAGCAUCUUUAUUUUUUAUUAUAUACUUCUCAGAAUUGUGAAAGCAUUGUUGGUCUUUUUGAAUAAAAGAACAGUUCCUAUACAAUUAUCUUAGCUUUAAACUUGUAAAAUUUUUGAGUUGUGUUUGUGAUUGAGCUUCAAUAUGUUUAUGUUUCUCAUUUUUCUUGACAAGACUGGUUGUUUCCAUGGGAACAGUCCAAAAGUGAUGACCCUUGGACACUUUUGGAGCUCACUAAAUCAAGUAACUUUUGGAUCAGGCAAAUGGGUGUGGCAUCAUUGGCAUGUAAAAGUAGCUGGCCAGGUAGUUGAAUACUUUACCAAAUAAAAUACCAGUUACCUUUAAUAUCUUUCUGCAUUAUACUUAUAUUAUGUGAGAAAUAGAUAACAUACAUAAAAUGAUAUAUCUUUUACACAAAAUUAUUAAAUAUUUUUGUCUUUAAUGCAUAUACACAAAAUUUUAUUUUUGAAUCAGCAUGCCAGAUACAGUGGCGUCACCAGAGAGGUGUGGAAGGUGCGGGCCGCACCGGGUUACAUCCUCUAGGGGGAUGACACCAAGGGUUUCCAACUCAAAAAAUACAAUUUACUGACUAAUAUUCUAAAUUUUCACAAUUUUUAUGGACAACAAAAUUUUUAAGGACACAUUUUUAAAGUUAUGUUGUUCUAACCAUGAAACUUUUAAUAAAAUAAGUCUUUAAUCCGUAGUCUAUCUUUUUGACUAUGUGUGCCAUGUCAAAUAUCAAAUACUAUUAUACAAUUUCUAUUGCUAUAUUAUCACUAUGUCAUUUGAAAAUGAGACAUGAGCCUUUUUUCCAGUGUUAGCACUUAGUUAACAAAAUAGAGCAUCAGCAGUUAUGCUAAGAAUUUACAUGGUGCACUUCUGAGAAAGGUUGGAGAAGGGGGGAGGGGGAUAACAGCCUGAGUUUCUUGGAUCUGGUGACACCAACCCUAGUGAUGCCUCUGGCCAGAUGUAUACAUUUUAAUUUCAAAACGAUCACAUUAGAUUUUAAAAGAGACAACUUUUAAUUUGACUAUCAAGGCUUCUUCCCAUUCUGUCAAGUUUAAAUUUCCCCAUGACUCUUUUUUUAAGGGUUCAUUUCAAAUGCAUUUUUUGGACAGACUACAAGUACAGAGUUGUAGCUCAAGCUUGUGACCCCCGCACUCUUGUUGCAUUGGCCAGAUAUCCUCAAGCCAGUGACUAUUACUUCCUGCCACCACCAAAACUUCACCGCUUAAAGGUAGAGCUAUGUUUAUUUACAGUCUUAAGAUAUACUAAAUAAGAUUAAAGGCAUUUAAAUACAUUUUUGUGUGCACCAAGAAACUGCCAUUUUAAAUUAGGCAUUGGACAUGUUCUGAGAAAACAUUUUUAAGUGCCCAUUCAAAGUGCUCCCAUACUUUUCCCUUUAAUCUCUUUAAAAAUUCAACUGUAUUAUUUGAACAAUUGUGACAGGGAAAGACUCACUUUGGAAAUGUUAAAUAAUACUAUUUAAACAGCAGUUAAUAAGAAAAACCUGCCAAUUCUCAUGCUGUGCUUGGAUAAACGGCUAGAUGGUUUCAAAACUAUAAAAUUCCAUUUCUUGAUUUAAAUGUACUUAAAGAAACCCGUGGAUAAAGAAGGGAUAACUAAAUUUAAACUGAGAAAAUUUCCUUUAUAUAUUUCAUUGAAUAAACACAUCAAAUGUUAACUACUUUGCUUAAAUUUUGUAUUGAUACAUAACUGUUAUCAGAUUUUAUUGAAAUUAAUUCCCCCCUCCCCAUAUUUACCCCCACCUACAGAUACAUUAAUUAUAGAAAUGUAAAGAUAUAUAACACACUAAAAUAUUGAAAUAUCUUUUCUUGAAAGAAUGAUGUCUUGAGUGAACUGAAAAGCCAGGUGCUUCAGCUGCCAAUUCCUCCAUCUCCCAAUUCUUGUUUGAUGUACUACAGAUUUUUGGCACUGGAUCAGGAAAUUCGAUAUCAUGUAAAUAAAAAAAUACAUAUAUGAUUUAUCCUCAACUAUUUAAACUGCCACAUUAAGAAACUUUUGCAUAAAAAUUAAGUCAUGUCUUAAGUCCAUCCAUCCCAUGUAGGGCUUUGGUCUGCCUGACCACGUCCUUCCACUCAGACCAUCUAUCCAUCCUUGUGGGGCUACAGCCCAUGUAGGGCUUUGGCCUGCCUCACCACUUCCUUCUACUCAAACCUAACUGAUGCUCUUCUUUUUUAUGCUUGGAUUCCCAGCUGCUAUAGAUUUUUUUUAACAUCAUCCAUCCAUCUAAGCCUUGGUCUAUAUUUGAGCCAUUUUCCUCUGAGGUUUUGGUGGAGCACCCUCUUUACUCCUCUGUCAUUUGGCAUUCUUUCUUUCAUGUCUUGAUGUGCCUUCUAUUUUAACUAACGGUCAUUUUAAAAAAAAUGUUUACAUUGUCUUUUUCUCCUAUAAAUUAAGAAGUUUAAUCAUUUAUUAACAUACUUCAAAUAGAUUUUUUCCAAGUCAGUUCAUAUCUCUUGUUUUUUUAACCCCUAGAAUGACCCGAUGGGUAUGGAUAUUUUAGCUCAUAUUUAUCCUCUUCCUGAGGAUGAAGGCCGAAAAGAAAAAGAAAUUGGAAUGUGUUUGGAUACAAUUUUGGCCUACACAUCUGUAAGACUCAUUGCUAUUUACACGUCAUUUAUAUAAGCAAUUCAUUCUUGAAUAAAUAAACAUUUGAAUACUAUAUUGGGAGUUAAACGAAAUAAGCCAGUAAAUUGUGAUCCAGCUUUAAAAAAUUUUUUUUUUUUUUUUAAACCUUUAGGUUUCCAUUAUUUUAAAGUGAUUGAUGUGUGUCUUUGAUGCAAUGCUUCCAUUUCAAAAGGUUCACUGUCUCCAGUGACAAAAACCUAGAGAUGGGAAAGAAAUUUCCAUGUUUACUUAGAAUGUAUUUGUAUGAACUAAUUUAACCUGUCACUCUCCUCACCAGAGUGCAGACUAUGCUCCCUGUUUCAUUUACAAUCAUGGCCUUGCUGUGCUGCAGCACCUUUGUGAAGAUUUCCCCGAGAGCUCCUGGGUUCAGAUGUAUGUUGCUUCUAUUCUUACCAAUCUGUCAUGUAUCCCUGAACUUGUGGACUUCAUAGUGCGCACAGGUUAGCCCCAAAAAAUUUUGUGGUAAAUGUUGAAAAAGUUAUAAGAUAAUAUAAUACCAAAAUUUUUCUAUUGAGUCAUAAAAAAAUUGUUGGUUAUUUUUCAUGGGAGAAGAAAUAUCUUGAAUAUUUAAAAAAAAAAAAAAUUUGAAAUAUUUCCAAACUCCUGUGCAUUCUUUCAUACAUAGUAUUAAAAUAUUUUUAACGUCAAAAUGUUGAUGCAGGUUGGGUCACUAUUUUACGGAAGUGGUCAGGGAGCACCAAUACAUCAUUGUCCUUGCAAGCACUGACUGCACUUGCCAACAUGGACAGAGACUGGAUGACCAAGGAUCUCUAUCAAGAUAUUGUCCUACUGCACCCCACCCAGAGAAAUAGGUGCAUAGAAAUUCUUUUUUUUUUAUUUUUUAAACCCAUUUCUCUGUUUAAGUUCAAAGCAUCACUUUAAUUUUCCAAGUUAUGCACAUUUAUCUGACACCGCACUUUAUGCAAAGGAUGAAAGAUUUUUUUUUUUAUCAUAAAAAUACUAUCAUAUAAAGUUUGUAAUAAAAUUAUCAGACAAUUCAAAAAUAGUAAAAAGACACUGGCAUUCCGCAGUCUUCUUUUGAGAAAAAGUGUGUAAGUCAUAUUAUUAAUAAUGAAGCAAUAUUCAACUCAAAUGUCAAGGCACUUCUUCUGUAUGGCUGUUAAACUUUGUAACACUGUCCUUUGGGAGAGAACAUCAAGUGUUCCAGUGGAAAUGGAGAUACAAAAGAGAAAAUGGAGAUGAAUAGGGCACACAUUAAUGAAGCCAAACAUAAACGUCACUUGGCAGGCCCUGAAUGGGAAUCCUCACGGCACCAGAAAAGAGGAAGACCAAGAGCCACAUGGAGGAGGGGAUUAGAGGUAGAGGUGAAAAGAAUGAAAAAAAGUUGGGCUGAACUAGCAUAGAUAGCCCAGGACAGGGAUAGAUGGAAAAUUAUUGUAGAUGGCCUAUGCUCCAUUGGGAGUGAGAAAGGCCAAGAAGAAGAAGAAUAGCUAGAGCAGUGGCUCCCAACCAUUCUGGCCUGGGAAGCCCUUUUAAUUAUCAGUUUCUAUUGGGAGCUCUUUAAGCCUAACCUAAGACUAUACUAGUUUAUGAAGUUAUUUCCUGGGGUGGCAGCUGAGCUAUGUGAACUGCACAGACCUUAGGGCAUCGCAGGGCAUUGGCUGGGAACCAUUGCUAGAGUGGUUCCCCACAAACUUUUUUCACGCAUUGCACACAUUGAACCUUUCCAGAACACCCCACUACAACUAGACAUUGCAGAGAAUGCAACGGCGCGUCACAAGUAAAAUCAUACAAGAAAUAUUUGGGUUCAGAGUACACAAUUGUUUGAAAUUAACAUCAGCAUUUGUAACUUUUGCAACAUGGUAACUUGCUCCCCAUACUAAAACAGACAAUAAAUCAGCUGAAAGUUUUUGUCAUUCCGUCUUAGUGUUGAGGUUUUCAUUUUAGAUAGUGAACUGAUAUCAUACAAAUUCAUCGGUCCUCAUUUUCUGAGAUAUGGGACUGUACAAGUUUGACAUUUUGGUAAUAAUUGAUCCUUUUUCCCUUUAACCAACAUGAUAUUAUCAUAAUUACGUGCCCAUUGUUAUUCUGGGCUUUUACUCCCCUGAAAGCUAUUUUCCAGCGGCACACCUAUCUUUAUCUCAUGGCGCAUCAUUCUGCUGUGGCACACCGGUUUUGGAGCUCUGAGCUAGAGCAUGUUAAAUCAGCUUAAUCCUGUUGAUAUAGUUUCAGCAAAAGAAUAAUUAAUCUCUACUUUUUAAAUUUCUGCAAGAAGCAGCCUAAAAAUACUUUUUUUUUAAAACAUUGCAUAUUAACUACAAGGUCUGAAGAAGGUUAUGAAUGCAUGCUUAAAUGAUUAAAGUACUAUUACUGUUAUAUCAUUCAAUCUCUCACUCAGCCAACCAGUGCAUGCCGAUAUUGUACUUGUCCAUGGUCUGAGAGGUGGUGCGGUCAAAACCUGGCGACAGAGAGAUGGGAUUGAUCCCUUUGGAUCAGUGUGCUGGCCAAGGGUAAAUAAUGACAUAGCUUUAUUAUAAUUGUGAGAAAAAACAUGAUUUUUCUGUUAAUCUCUCCAAGUAAAUGGUAUGCCUUAGUCAUGGUGAUUUAUGGUUAAAAAUCAUUUUUCUGGUGCUAAUUAGCAAAUGUUCAACUACUUCAAAUCAAUAAUAAAUGUAGUUGGUUUAGCGAAGGAAGUUGAUUAAUCUAAUGGGUGGUGUUCUUUACAGCAAAGAAGGCGUGUGUUCCUUUUGGAUUAAUUUUUUUAUGAAUUUUGUGGGAGUUAAAAAAAUAUUUUUUCAAGUUUUUAAAUAAUAAUUUUCAACUGACAGUGUGAAACUCUUUUACUAAUUCCUUAUUUUUUUCAAAUGAUCGAAACACAAAUUUAUGGCUUUUUUCUUCCUUUUGUGUUCAAAGGACUGGCUUGCAACAGAUUUUCCAAAUAUCCGUGUUGUUAGCAUUGGCUACAACUCAGAACUUCACAAAUGGGGGGACCACUGUCCCUAUGAGCAGGACAAGUAAGAAUCUCUAACUUUUAUAGUGGUUUUAACAUAAUUUCUACUAACUUCAUAAAGAACCAUUAAAAAAAUAGUUUUGGUAAAUAUAAAAAUAAUUUUUUCUCAAUUUGUUGUGACAAAUAAUACAAUUGACUAAUUUUAAAUGUUUGAAUUAUCAUAGUUAAUAAAUUUGUCAGGGCACAUGAUUUUAACAAUUUUAUCAAAUUCUAGAUCUACUGUAAACAUGAUGAGAUGUAGGUUAUUGCUCAUCUGGAGCAAGUAAAUUGUUAUUGUGAUUAGGUAGUUGUGUGCAGGUGGCUACUUUAUGUCUUUUUUUACUCUGUCCAUCAAAGACGAACAAUUGAAGGAAGAAGUAAAGAGUUAAUGAAAAAACUACAGCUGGCUGGUGUAGGAUCCAGACCAAUAAUAUGGAUUGGGCAUUCUAUGGGAGGUAAUUUUUAACAUUCUUAAUUAUUAAAGAUGUAUACGAAUUAAAGAUUUAUAUGUGAUUCUUUUAUAGAGAAAUUAGUACAGGGGAGCUAAAAGGUUGCGUUCUCUCCCCUGAACUGUAUACAGUAUAUACUAAUGUUAUGAGAAUACCGCCAUCAUUGGCUUAAUAUCUGAAGGAGAAAGCAUAUACCACAUCUAAGUUAGAAGCUAUAUCAGUAGGUGUGAUGAAAAUUUUCUUCAGUUGAAUGUCUCAAAAACAUAAGAAAUGUUUGUCGAUUUCCAGAGGGGGAAUCUUCCAGUGGCAGAUCUCACAAUAACGAAUUACAGAAUAGAGCAAUGAAAGACAUAUAAUACCUAAUGGAGUUCAUUGAUGGCUGAUUUUCAUGUUAGAGAAAUUCUUUUGAUGUCUUUUUUUAAAAAUUAUUGUAACUGUAAAAUGUUGUCAUGGUUAAAAUAUGUAUUUCUAAUGUGUGGAAAAUGAAUGUGUACAAUAUAUAAUGAAAAACAUUUCUAUUUCUUUGGAUCAAUGAAAGAAUCUUAUCUUAUCUUAUAAUGGAAAAAUGAGUUUAUCCAAAGUUUAAAUAAUAUCAAUAAAUGUAGAAGAGGUCUCCAGUUUCUAUUUUUUAAAAUGACAUGUUAAGUAAAAGUUUGCUUUUUUGCACAAGUUGAAAAAAUGUUUUGUUAUAAAUUUGAAGUUACUUUUUAAAAAGAUGUUUCAAAUGAAUUGAGGCACCUACAAAAACUAUUAAUUUUUAAGUGUCAUUCUAAUCUCAUUUUUUUUGUUUUAAAAUAAAUUAGCCUAUAACAGGAUAAAGUUAGAAAAAAACCAUGAGAAACCAAGUCCCCAUUUUAACAAUAGCUUACUCACUGUUGGUGACAACCCCCAUUGAGCCAAGAAAUGUUAUUGCAUUAUCUUAAUUGACUAAUUGAUUAUUUAAUCUUUAUGAUUUCUUGACCUUUUUCUCAUAAGGACUGAUAAUCAAGAACAUUAUAUCUCUUGGAGAAAAUGAAAGUCAGUACUCAAAAUUCUCUAGUCAGACAAGAGGUGUGCUUUUCUUUAGUGUACCACAUCAUGGCUCCUCUGUGGUGGAUGUAAUGAUGUAUGCAAAAUACCUGCUUUUUCCAUCUGUAGAAGUACAAGAAUUACACACCAGUGAGUUUGUAAACAACCUUUGUGCAUUUAAUAAGUUUUUAAGUGCCUUAAUGACAAUUCUUGUUUCUCAAUGAGGAAUGCUUCAAGAAUUUAAAAAUAGUUUGAUGUAUUUAAAAAAAUGAGUCACAGCUGGUACAAGUUGGGUUUUCAUUUUCUAAACUGAUACAAAAAUAUAACACAUGCAGUAUUUACAAUUAAUAUUUUUCAAUGGUUCAUUUGAUUUCAAUACUAGAGUUUCAUGGAAUGUUAAAAAUGAUUCAUGCAUAUUUGAGAGAACAUUUUUGUUUUGUUUACACUCAUUCAGUCAUUAAAUCGCAGUGACCCACAUUUUGCUACAGAUCAUGAAACUCUACUUUUUUUUAGUCGCUAGGAAUUAUUGCUUUCAGGUUCUCCAAAAUUAGCUGCAUUGCAUGAAACAUUUGUCAAGUUCAUGAGCAAGAAUUCUAUUCCUUGCCUAAGUUUUGGGGAGAAUGCCAAAACUCCAUUUAGUCGCCCACUUCCCAAAGUUUUGGUAGUACCUUUGAAUUCUAGUGGUAAGUCUUUUGUUCCCCACCAUCUCAAUGGAUUUUCCUGCAUAAAACUUUAAGCAGUAAACGAAUUAUAUAAUUAAAUCAGUUGUUUUCAAAAUUGGUUAAAUUGCAAAUGAAAAAUUAUCAUUUCUGUUAAAAUUAUUUGAAGUUAAGGAGUAAAGAAAAUUUGAUUUGAAAAUCUAAAAACCAUGUGCAAAGUAUAGAUAAAUCAUAUCACUUGGCAUGAAUGAUUUUAUUUUAUAUUUUUUUAGGUAAUUAAUUGUCAAAUUUAUGUCUCAAAGUUAUUCUUUUACUUUCAGAUCCUGGAAUUGGAAACUUUGUCAGUGUCCCUCAUAAUCACAUAGAUAUAUGCAAGCCAUGCAAUGAAGAUGACAUAAUUUAUCAACUGACCAACAGGUUUAUCAAAAAUAUACUAUAUAGUAUCAGAUAGCAUUCAUUUUUUUUUUCUCAAAGCCUGCUGAUCUGUCACUUAGUGAAUAAUUUUUCUGUAAUAAUCCUUAAUGUUUAAUACAUUUAUUGAUGCUUAAUCAUAAUUAUAGAAUCUUCUUAAUAAUUUUUUUGUUGUAGUGGACCAAAAAUGGCUUUAAACUAUAAAUAUUGAAAAUCUUGACUGAGAUUGCUUAAAAUUUAAAGAAUGAUAAAAGCUUAAAUUAAAUGUACAUUUAAAAUUGUAUUCCCUCUCACUUCAUUUUUUCACGUUUUUUGGGGUUUUCUUUGAACUCCGAAAACUUGACUUUGAAAAAAUGUAUAUUUAAGAUUCACUAAAAAAAAAAGAUAAUAUAACAUUAACU